GUGGUGGUGAUAACAAGUGAUCAGUAAAAGGUGAAAUCUUCAAUCGUUACGCGUACGAAGUAACCAACUGUAGAAUCCUAAUUUGAUUGAAUAUUGCUCCGAGAUCUGUCACUGGUCUUCAUCAUUGGGGAGAGGUGGUAGUAGUAGAACGAAUUGCAUUGGAAGAGGAGAGGUAGGCAGGAAGAAAUGGCGAAAUCGAGCGCCGACGAUCUUGAACUCCGGCGUGCCUGUGAAGUUGCAAUUGAGGCCACCAAGCAGAAGGUUGUAUUGUCGAUCCGGGUUGCCAAAAGCCGUGGUAUUUGGGGCAAAACAGGCAAAAUAGGCAAAGGGCAGAUGGCUAAACCUAGGGUCCUUGCAGUCUCUACAAAAGAAAAAGUCCAACAAACUAAGGCCUUUCUUCAUGUCUUGAAGUAUUCAAAUGGAGGAGUUCUUGAGCCUGCAAAAUUAUACAAGCUGAAGCAUCUUUCAAAGGUGGAAGUUUUAACUAAUGAUCCUAGUGGAUGCACAUUUAUGCUGGGUUUUGAUAAUCUUAGAAGCCAGAGUGUUGCUCCUCCUCAGUGGACCAUGAGAAAUAUUGACGACAGGAACCGUCUCUUGCUCUACAUAUUAAACAUAUGUAAAGACAUAUUGGGCCAUCUACCAAAAGUUGUAGGUAUUGAUGUAGUGGAGAUGGCUCUUUGGGCCAAGGAAAAUACUCCUGCAGUUCCUAAGAAACAAAAUAUUCAAGAUGGCCAUGACAUGGAUGUUGUUGCAGAAAGUGACAUGAAGGUUACAGUUGAAAAAGAACUUGUUUCUCAAGCAGAAGAAGAGGACAUGGAAGCUCUUUUAGGCGUAUACGUUAUGGGUAUUGGCGAAGCAGAAGCCUUUUCUGAAAGGUUAAAACGUGAGCUUCAUGCUUUGGAAGCAGCAAAUGUGCAUGCCAUUCUUGAAAGCGAGCCCUUGGUCGACGAGGUAUUGCAGGGGCUUGAGGCCGCCACAAUCUGUGUUGAUGACAUGGAUGAAUGGCUGGGGAUUUUUAAUGUAAAACUUAGACAUAUGCGAGAGGACAUUGAGUCGAUAGAAACACGCAAUAACCAGCUGGAGAUGCAAUCCGUAAAUAAUAAAGCUUUAAUUGAGGAACUGGAUAAGCUUCUUGAGAGGCUGCGUAUUCCUUCAGAGUAUGCAGCAUGUCUAACAGGAGGCUCCUUCGACGAGGCUCGCAUGCUUCAAAAUAUCGAAGCAUGUGAAUGGUUAACAGGUGCUUUACGUAGCCUUGAAGCACCUAGUUUGGACCCAAGUUAUGCAAGUAUUAGAGCGGUAAGGGAAAAGAGGGCAGAACUUGACAAAUUAAAAACUACUUUUGUUCGGAGAGCCUCUGAGUUUUUGAGAAACUAUUUUGCUAGUUUGGUUGAUUUCAUGAUAAGCGAUAAAAGUUACUUCUCUCAGGACUUAUGCUCGCCUGUUGCAACACUUGAAGGUCAAUUGACAUACAAGCUACAAUUAUCGAUUUUAAUGUUUUUUCUACUUACUAAUAUUAUGUUCAGAAUCUUAUUUACUUGUUAUGUGCAGAGUCUUGAUAAAAAUUGUUUGGGUCCUUUGAGGAAAGCUUAUUGUAGCUCCCUUAAUCUGCUUUUACGGCGUGAGGCUCGUGAAUUUGCUAAUGAGCUUCGAGCUAGUACCAAAGCAUCAAGAAAUCCAACUGUCUGGCUUGAAGGUUCCACUGGUUCCAAUCAAAAUGUAAACAAUGCAGAUACUUCCACAGUUUCAGAAGCUUAUGCCAAGAUGCUCACAAUAUUUAUCCCACUCCUUGUUGAUGAGAGUUCCUUUUUUUCACACUUCAUGUGCUUUGGAGUUUCUGCACUUGCUCCACCUGGAAGUCCUGCCAAUGGCGACAAAUCCAAUGAUGAUGAUUUAGGCAUUAUGGACAUUGAUGAUAAUGACAACAACAAAAGUAUAUCAGAGCUAGGGGCACUAAAUGAGUCGCUUCGUGAUUUGCUCGAUGGGAUUCAAGAGGAUUUUUACGCGGUUGUCGAUUGGGCAUACAAGAUUGAUCCUUUGCGGUGCAUAUCAAUGCAUGGCAUAACAGAACGGUAUAUUUCUGGUCAGAAAGCGGAUGCAGCCGGAUAUGUGCGCCUCUUGCUUGAUGCGCUGGAAGAAAGAAUCACUGCUCAAUUUACCCGUUUUGUAGAUGAAGCUUGCCACCAGAUAGAAAGGAAUGAACGAAAUGUUCGGCAAAUGGGUGUCUUGUCAUACAUUCCCAGAUUUGCGACCCUUGCUACACGCAUGGAACAGUAUAUCCAGGGACAGUCUAGAGAUCUGGUUGAUCAAGCAUACAUUAAGUUUAUUGGUGUGAUGUUUGCAACUCUGGACAAGAUUGCUCAAACAGACCCAAAAUAUGCUGAUAUUAUACUUUUAGAGAACUAUGCUGCAUUCCAAAACAGCCUGUAUGACCUAGCUAAUGUUGUACCCACUUUAGCUAAGUUUUAUCAUCAAGCAAGCGAAUCUUAUGAACAAGCUUGCACACGUCAUAUCAGUGUGAUUAUAUACUACCAAUUUGAGCGACUUUUCCAGUUUGCUCGAAGAAUAGAAGAUUUGAUGUACACCAUCACGCCGGAAGAGAUUCCUUUUCAGCUUGGACUGUCAAAAAUGGAUCUUAGGAAGGUGGUGAAAUCAAGUUUAUCAGGAGUCGACAAGCACAUAGGUGCAAUGUACAAAAAACUGCAGAAGAACUUGACCUCUGAGGAAUUAUUACCUUCGCUAUGGGAUAAAUGCAAGAAAGAAUACUUGGACAAGUAUGACAGCUUUGCUCAACUGGUGGCCAAGAUCUACCCAACCGAGACCAUUCCAUCCGUAACAGAAAUCCGAGACCUUUUAGCCACAAUGUAAUCUAGUUCACAUAUUAUUAUUAUUGUUCCAUUUUGGUUUGGUUUGGUUUGGUUUGGUUGGGUUGGGUGUAAAUUUUUAUGAUUUUUGUUUACUGUUAUCUCAGACAAAUUGUAUUUCAAGUUCCCUAGUUUCAGAUUUCCAUAUCAGAAUUGUACUGGAUUCUACUUGGUUUAGUGAUAUAUUCAUUUAUAUAUGUUGAAUGUGUAUGAUCUUUGUUUUU